UAACGUUUUUUAUUUAACUUUUCUAUUUGUUGGUGCCUUCUCAAAAGAUAACAUCAUCAAAUAUAAAAUAGCAAUAACGAGAGGAGAAACAGAGAAAACCAGAAGAGAAACUAAUUUUCAUUGAUGGGUGUGAUAAAGGCAGCCAUCGGAGAUGCCGUGUUCACAGCCAUGUGGGUGUUUUGCUCGGCGCUUCGGGGGAUUUUGACUCGCAUCAUUUCAACAUCUUUCGGUCUUCAAGACUUUUUUCCAGUAAAACUAUUCAUCAGCACCACUUUGGCCACUAUCUUUAUAAUAACAUUCAUUUUCAUCGGCAAGCUCUUGGGUGGUGCCAGCUUCAAUCCUUCCACCUCUCUCUCCUCCUACACCGCCGGCCUUAAAUCGGACUCGUCUCUCAUCUCCGUCGCCGUCCGGUUUCCUGCUCAGGCCGCUGGUGGAAUCGCAGGUAUCAAGGCAAUUUUGCAGAUGAUGCCGGCAGAAUACAAGGGUAUGCUCAAGGGGCCCUUUCUGAAAGUGGAUUUGCAUAGUGGAGCCAUAGCUGAAGGGGUGUUGACCUUUUUGUUUUGCCUUUCAUUGCUUGUUAUUAUGCAGAAGGGUCCGAGAAACCUAAUUUUGCAGGUCUGGUUGUUUUCAUUAUCAACUGCGGGAUUAGUUCUUGCUGGUUCUGGAUACACUGGACCUUCCAUGAACCCAGCCAAUGCCUUUGGGUGGGCAUAUUUUAACAAUAAGCACAACACUUGGGAGAUGUUUUAUGUUUAUUGGAUUUGUCCAUUUAUUGGGGCAAUUUUGGCUGCUUGGUUUUUCCAAUUUCUUUUUCCCGCAAAAACCAAUAAGCAGAAAAAAGCCUAAGAAUGUAAAAGAAAACUUCAGAUAUAAUGAUGAAUUACUUCAUGUUUUUGUCCCUA